AUGGGGCGUACGUGGGACCUCUCAAACAGCCGUGGAGUUAGUAUUGGGCAUGUAACAUACAGUCAAAUAUUUAUUAUCUAUGGUAAUUAAAAUGAAACUAUUCUUCAUAUCUCUCUCUGUCUCUCUGGGGCAGCCCAGCCAACAAACGGCCGCUGGGAGCUCCUGGACAGCAGCAAACUGACACGCCUACAGUCCGCCAGCGAACCGAGACACCCGCUAGACGUUAGUUGGUGCAACGCUCGCCAGCUAAUCCUCGUCAUGCAGGGAAAGAGCCCGCAAGAUGUACAGAUCAAGGCGAAACGGCGGGACUCGAACCCGAUGUUGUCUAUCGCAUCGCCGUCGUAACAGUGCCACAUACAGCGAAUGUCUAUUAUUGGGGGUUGGUCUCUAGGGAACGAUCUUUGAGAAUACUCCGCUGGAUAAGAUUUGAUCCCGUCGCCCCGGUUAGGUUGCUGUUGAGAUCCUGGCCAUUAGUCCCCACCUACGUGGCAAGAGAACGGCUGGUAUGUAUACAGCCGUUCCACGCUAAAGAUCAUUCAAUGCGCGGGGUCAGUAACGGACUCCGGAUCCGGCUCGAGUCCAGGAUAACGGAUUCCCGAGUGGAGAGAGGAGAGUCUAUCUCAAAUCAGCCAACCGAGGGCCCUGAGCGGCUACCUUAUCUAUCUUCCCAUUUUUUACCGUCCUUGCCCACUUGUCACCUUGUGUCUCUCCCUCAGCGUCUGGGGCCUGGGAGUCAGUGGAACAAGAUUUCACCGCCUUUUCCAUUCCGUUGCCUCCUUUCCAUUGAUGUCAGUUGGGGGACUUACCAACGUGGUAUCAGAGCCACACUGAGUCCACAUGGGGCCUAAAGCGGUCGACCCCAAGCUAGAGAGCUUGGAGAAAGAGAUGGAUGCAUUAAACUCCUCAACAAGGAAUUAAGCGGAACACUUGGGAGCAGUUGGCGCUCAAACACAAACUUGGGGCCAUCGCCUAGUCCCUAGAGCAGCUUCAAUUUCAGUUAAACCCUCACCAGGACGGGCCGGAAAGGCGAGGACAUUUCCAGACCUGCCAACAGAGUGUGGUGCGGGAGAAUCCAGCCAGCAACCUACUACGCCGCCCAACCAUCAUCUGCAGGACAUUCUGGGGAAUAUUUAGGUCUUAGGACGAUCUGAAGCGCGAGCUUUUGUGGCAUUUCAGCGCGGUUCAGUUGAACGUCUUGUGUCAACAAUUACUGGAGCUGUCACAAACAGGGACGGUUGACGAAUACAGGGAGGAUUUCGAGUUACUCUCUGGAGUGCUCAGAAAUAUCCCUGAAGAUAUCCUCGAGGCGACCUUCUUGAAGGGCCUCCGCAAGGAUAUUCAGGCUGAGGUUUACGCCCUUAAUCCGACCGGAUUUGAAGCUAUUAUGGCCGCCGCUCAGCACAUCGAGAGAAAUCUAUUUCUGCACUAG